GUGGGAAGGGACAAGAGUCGCUGGUGUUUACUGGGCGGGAGGUGAAGAGCGAGGGAUUGUUGAGAGAGUAGAGGAGCUGCAGCUCUUCAUCUGUACUUCACCCUCAACUUGGGUCCUGGAGUUUCCCACUCUCGGAAACCUCUGCCGCUAUGGGACUGCGGAAGAAAAACAAGAGUCCGCCAGUCUUGAGCCAUGAGUUCGUUAUCCAGAACCACGCGGAUGCUGUAUCCUGCCUGGCCAUGGGCCUCCUUAUGGGGCUCAUGUUCGAGGUUACAUCCAAAUAUGCCAUCAUGUUUAUAACUGUACAAUACAAUGUUACAUACAACAUAGAUGAUGGAUCUGACCCAGUUCAUUUCUAUGAGUAUGGUCCAAAAGACAUGGCCACCAUCUUCUUCUACAUGCUUAUAGCCAUUAUUCUGCAUGCAGUGAUUCAGGAAUAUAUACUAGAUAAAAUUAAUAGACGCCUGCACUUGUCAAAAACAAAACAUAGCAAAUUCAAUGAGUCAGGACAACUAGCCUUUUUCUACUUGUUUUCGUUUGUGUGGGGAGCAAGUAUUUUGUCUGCAGAAGAAUUUACAACAAAUCCAACUUUGUUAUGGAAGGAUUACCCUCAUUCUCAUAUGUUUUUUCAGGCUAAAUUCUUCUAUAUUUGCCAAAUUGCCUAUUGGCUCCAUGCACUUCCAGAACUGUACUUCCAAAAGAUUAGAAAGGAAGAUAUUCCAAGACAGUUGCACUAUAUUUGUCUUUAUACUGCCCAUAUAUCUGGUGCCUAUAUCUUGAACCUUCAGCGCUUGGGUCUAAUUUUGCUGGUACCUCAUUAUCUUGUAGAGCUCAUUUUUCACGCUUCACGUCUUUUCUACUUCAGUGAUGAGAAUAAACAGAAAGGAUUUACCCUUUGGGCACUUUUAUUUGUAAUGGCUCGUCUUUUGACCCUGACUUUGUCAGUUCUCACCUUUGGAUUUGGUCUCACAAAAGCAGAAAAUCCUGGUUUUUCUGUAGCAGAAGGAAACUUUAACAUACUCACAAUUAGAAUUAGCUGUUUGGCUGCAAUUUGUCUGACUCAGGCUUGGAUGAUGUGGAAAUUCAUCAAUUUCCAGUUAAAGAAAUGGAGAGAACAUGCACAGAAUCAAAUUCCUAAGAAAAAAACAAACACAAAAAUUAAGUCUACAAAAAAAGAGUCCUGCAGAUCUAACUUCGUAAACGGAACAAUAAAAUCUGAAGAGGGCAUAUCACCUAGGAAAAGAAGAUCAAAAUUUUUGUGAAGAGCACAGAUAAAGAGGACAUUGAUUUAAUUGAAGACUUUUUCACCUUAAAUAGAAAAUCUGCAUUACACUGACCAUAGAACAACUCUAUUUGGCUAUUUGGGCUAAAGGACAUUGGUUAAAAUAAUAUAUUUUUAAGUGUAUAUUCAUCAAAACAAUUUUAUGAUGAAAAUAUUAUUUUAAACUCAUUUAUUUAACACAAUCAUCUUGAAAAUAGGAUAUUUUAUUAUAGUCUGACCUCUAAUUACAAUAUUAAUAGAACAGCAUGGGGGAAUCUAAUAAACCAGAGUUGUCUUUUAUUUGGAACUUUAUUCAUUUUAUAAACGGUAGUUUUAGAAUUAAAGUUAGAUUUAUUUUGCAAUUUUUUUCUAAAUUUCCUAUAUACCUUAUUAAAGUGCUUGAAAUUCCUUUUCAGGUUAGAGGGCAAAUUAUUUUUUUAUUACCUCUCCAUUUGGUUAAAGGCAAUGUUUGAACUGUCAUUAGAACAUCCAUUAAUACUGUCAUUUGAAAAAUUGUCCAACGAUGUGCUUUCAAACAAUUCCCAUCAUGUAAUAAUUUAAGGUUUAAUUCUGAAGAAUGGAAACCUUUUUAAUUCCAAAAGCUGGUUUUAUAUUAGUGGAUUCUGAAGUAUUUGUAAAAAAGAUUUGAAACUACAUGCUUCAACAUGGUGCUAAAAAGUGCUGGUUUAUUUAGAGAUCCAUGAAACUUAUAUAUAAUUAAUCUUUAAUAUGCUGAACAAAAAAACAUUUUGAAAUUAUUUUCCUAGUGUGAAAUAAUGUCAAGUUGUAGCAUUAGAUACUGAAAAGACAUUAAUGAAUCCUGCAUUUUUGUCAGAAAACAAUGUUAAAAAUACCAGGCCCUGCAAUAUAAUUUUGCCAUUUGGUCUGAUCCUGCAUCAUACCAAAAGUUUUUAUUACCAAAUAAUAGCUUUCCUUGAAUGCUUAUUGUAAUAGCUUAAGUGCACAUACUUACUAAGUAACAGGACAUUUUUGACUGUGCCAAAAUCUCCUGUUAUAAUUCUUUCAAAAGGGUAGGCCAACUGGUGCCUUCCAGAACUAUCCAUUCUAAUUAGGGGUGAUAGAAGUUAAAGUCCGGAAUAUCUGAAGCAAACCAGGUUUUCUUCCUUUUUUUUUGGAAAAAUGAGUUGUACUUGAGAUAAGCAAUUGGUUGGAAUUCAAAACUCUACAGCUUUUUUGAAAUUGCUUUUAUUACCCCUGUAGAUUUUGCAACCUGGCAUGGAAACCAUUCAAAGUGGAUUUUUUAAAUACCUAUGUCAUAUAAUAUGAUUUACUGGACCUACUGUUAGAAAAUAAUGUUUGAAGUGCUACUGGAUUUAUAGAAUUUAGUUCACAAUUUUUUGUAUUAUGAAUAUAGACUUCUAGAUCUAAAACAAUCGUACUGUUUUCAAAUUUCUAUUUGAGGAUUUUCUCUUCUGCUUUCUCAGGUUAUCUGUUCAAAACUGGAGUAGUUUUAUUUAGUUAAUGUGGAUUAGUCUGCAGUUCUGAAACUAGAGUUCAUAACUCCAUGGCUACUUUAUAAUUCACAACUAAACAGUUAGAACCUUGUCUGUUUGUAAAUCUUGUAGCACCAGCCGCCAAUCAAAGAAUAAAGGCGAUGUAGAUUUAAUUAUUUUUCUAUCGUUUGAAUUUCUAAAAAUUCUUGAUAGUUGCUUAAACCUAAUUGAAUUCUGCAAGUGGCUAUUAUCAGCCUGGCAUUAUCCCUAUGAGCUAAGACUGGUUCCCAGAAUUUCUACCAACUUUAUUUAUUAUUAUGGUAGCUGGGAUAUCUUGAGAGUUAUAGUUCCAAAAUACCUGAAGGUGCCUUUUGUGGAAAGGCUGCUGUAAAGAUCAUAAAGAAGUCUUCACCAAUAGAAUAUUUGGGAGUACUCUCAGCAUCCCUAGCAAUUGGGGAUGUUAGAGAAUAUAGUCUUAAAUAUUUGUAGAGAAGGCUGAUGUAACAGUUCAGUCUACAUAGUACUAAAAUUAUAUUUGUUAUAUAUCUUAUUAAUCUGAUAUCUUGGCAGGCAUAGCUGUUAUGUAAGAAAAGUCUAUUCAGUUACAUUAGGGAUAGGAAGUGAAAGAUUUGGGGGGCUGCAAUUCAAAAAUAUGAUCACUUGCAUAUUUCCAGCUCAUAUUGAGUGGUUUUCUCUUUCUUAGCACUUUCAGAUUUUUGGAUUGCUAAAACCAGCAUGGCUACAUUGUCAUAGAGAAAAUGAAUUGCCUUAACGUUGCAAUCUGGAAUAUUCUAGGCAUCAGAUUUGGUGGGUUUUUUUUAAGAUAACUCUAUGUACCAUAAAUAUUUCACAAUAUAAUAUCAAUAGGUUCAUUGCUGGGAGUACAAAUAGCAGAGGUGCCAAAGAUGUCUGUUUUAUAUGGACACUGACUGACUGUGUCUGUUACAUUCCCCAUUCUAAAUAAUAUCUCAGUUAUAACAAGAUACUGGUUUUCUUUAAGAUUUGAUAUACUUGUUAAUAAUAUUUGACACUUAAAGUACUAAUAAGAAAGAGUUAAAAAUGGUUCUCUGGUUCUGAUAAAAUGUUUAUGAUUGAUUUGGAAGUCAAGAUAGCUGCCUCACAGUCCAUUGUAAAAUUACCUCGCCUUGCCUCCUGACCAUGUUCCUGUGAGAAACAAGUGGCUUACAUUUUUUAAAAUUUCUCAGUACCAUUCAAUAAAUUCAGUCACAUGUAUUUAGGUGUUAUUAUAUAGAAUGAAAUUGUUCUUUUAUUUUGUGAAAUGGGGACAUUUUUUUAUAUCACUUAAACAUUUUCAUGCAAAAUGCUCUUCCUGAUUUGAUUCCUUUUUCUUCAUUUGUCCUAUUCUGUGUACCAAUUUGUUUAAAGAUUUUAUCUGCUGACCUCAUAAUACCCAUUUUGCUGUAGAAUGAGUAUUUUUAAAGAUUUUGAUGGAAAUUUAUUUAUAUAAUCACUUCAUUUUAUAGAACCUUAAUACUAAUGAGCUGUUUUGCUAAAAAAAGAGAAACCCUUCUGAUUAAUUUUCACUGUACUUCUCGUAAGAUGUUGCUUUCUCUAGUUAGCAUGUAUAUGCUUCUGGACUUGUUCCAAAUAGGACACUGGUUAUAUCUUCAUCUUAAUCAUGAACAUUUGUGUUCAUGUAAAGUCUUUUAUGUUACUAAUUUCAAAUAAAAUAAAAUGGAAAAUUCCUUUCUCAAAGCAUAAUGCUAUAAGAUUUAUUAGUUAUUUUAGAAAAUAGAUGUGGCCUUUUAAUUCAUAGAGUCAAUUUGUUCUGUGGCUGGAACUACAUCCUUAUAGAUCAUAGUUCAACUACUGUAUUGCCAUGAUAAUUAAAUGUUUAACUUAGCCUACAAUCUCUUCUAUCCCUGUACACUUCAGAAAUUUGAUUCCCUUUUUUAAAUUCUAGAAAAUUUAAGUUCAAGUGUUUUAAAAUGUAUGUUACCUAUAAUAUCCUUGAAAUGCAAACAUUUUGUGUGUGUGUGUGUGUGUGUGUGUGUACACCUUGUUUCUUUGAAUUGGUAGAAUAAUUUCUUUAGCAGCAUGGGAGGAAUAUAAAUGGAAUGUCAUACUGUCCUGUGUCAUUGCACUGAUUCCACAGACGGAUGUUUUAUGUACUAUCAGAUAUUAAAUAAAAGGUGGGCCUGUGCCUUAA